AUGAGCCCUACAAAGCGCAGAUCACAGAAGAUCGCAUUUGAUGAAAAGCGUAAUAGGAAAAUUGAUCACUAUUUUCAUCAGGUCAAUAAAGAACAAGAGAGUCAUUCCAAUAUUUCUCCAAUGAAGAGGGGCUCUAAAAAAGGUCCAAAAGAUAUAACUAACAUCCAGGCACUAGGACCCAAAGACCAGACUGUGCCCCCCAACAAGACAAUUUACAUUACCUUGGCUGUAAACCCCAGGAAACACAAGCUCACACAUAGUGAAGAGAAGAGCUUCUAUGCGGCCCUCAACACUCUCAAGGCUGUCAAGGAGGAGAUAGAAACUCAGCAGGGCAAAGAAAUGCUGGCGGUUGGCAAAGAAGGAAUUGAAGGGUACAUAAAUCUUGGAAUGCCCCUCAGUUGUUUCCCCGAGAGCUGCCAUGUACAAAUCACAUUUGUCCGAAGUAGAAGUAAGCAGAAAGAAGGGAACCAGGUAUUUGGCCGGCAUGAAAAGGCAUCCGCUGACUGUGUCAAAUUUUAUAUUCACGCAAUCGGGAAGAGAAAGAAAAGGAUCGUCAAACGCAGGCAGCUUCACAAAGAAGGGUGCAAACUCUGCGUCUAUGCUUUCAGAGGAGAAACCAUCAAGGAUGCUCUGUGCAAGGAUGGCAGGUUUCUCUCCUUUCUGGAGAAAGAGGAUUGGAGGCUCAUCAGAAACCUGGACUCCAUUCUAGAAAGCACACAGACCGUGGACGACCUGGAAGGCAAGCUCUUUGAGGUUGAGGUAGAGAAAGGAAUGAGCUCCAGGGCAGUAGCCGCUCAAAAGUCGGAAUCAGAGAAAGGAAACACCAGUGUGCUGAGAGAAGAAAUUGUGGCUCAGUACCCCAGUUUGAAAAGAGAAAGCGAAAAAAUCAGAGAAACCUUCAAGAAAGAAAUGAAAAGUAAAAAGAGCAAAACCUCAUUAUUUAAAUUACUUAAAGUAAAGUUUGGGAAAAUGACGAGAAACUCCACCCCGAUCAGAGUGCACAACUUUCUUUCUCUUGUCGGUAACUCAGUGGGGUACCUGUCAUGGGACAACAAUGGAAAUAAGGGUUGUGCCACCUGCUAUGUUUUCAAAGAGUUGUUCAUUUUCACCUGUCGACACGUAGUAAGUGACUUCAUGGGGAAAGGAAUAGAGCCAAGUAAGUGGGCAGACGUGAUUGGUCAAUGCGCAAGGGUGACAUUUCGUUAUAACAGCUUCCCCGAGAAAGAUGAGAACUGCUUUUUCCUUGAACCGUGGUUUGAGAUAUCUGAUGCCACCCUUGAUUAUGCUGUUCUGAAACUGAAGGCAAACGGACAACAAGUACCUUUGGGACUCUAUAGUAGAAUUGCUCGUGCACCAUCUACUGGGUUGAUAUACAUCAUUGGCCAUCCAAAUGGAGAGGAAAAGUCUAGUGAUGCUUGUACAGUGAUCUCUCAGGGUCAGCGAAAAAAGAAAUAUGAGGAAUAUCUUCAGGCUGGAAAGGGAGAGGGUUGUAGUUAUGGGAUGCAAUACAUCCAUAUGUGCACUCGAAAAACCUUCGAGGAAAUAGCUCACAGCCCUGAUGUGAUUACCUAUGACACCUCUUUUUACUUUGGGGCUUCUGGCUCCCCAGUGCUUGAUUCAGAAGGUUCAUUGGUGGCCAUGCAUACUGCUGGCUUCACUUGUGAUAACGAAAUUGGGUUAUCAUCUCAUGUCAUUGAAUUUGGCUCUACUCUGGAAUCCAUCCUCCUUGAUAUUAAGGAAAAACACAGACAGUGGUAUACAGAAGUAUGCGUAAGUCCACAAGAUGUAGAAAUGGUGAGCGAUGAGGAUUGA